CGACGAUUCUGUCAAUUUAUUAUAAAUUUCACGCCUACAAUCUCUUUCUACAAAGGCAGAGACGCAACUGAUGCAGCGUAAAUGUAAUGAGGUUUCGCCAAUAACAUUGGUGUCAGUUGCAUAUUUCAUUUUCCAUCGCCGAAGACCGCCUGUUGGAUGGGAAAAGUCAGCAGGUCAUGUUACAGAUUUGACAGCCUCUCAAAAUGUCUGACGUUGCCGUGACAAUCAUUCUCACCUUACUCAUCAUCGCGGACAUCACUGGUAACUUUCUGGUUUGUUUUGUCAUAAAGACAAACCAAGAUAUGAGAACUCCCAUCAAUUACCUGCUUGUAAACCUGGCCAUAUCAGACAUUACGUUCGCAGUAUUUGUGGCACCAAACCAUAUUUUGAAAAAACUCUUCAUCCAUCCAGACGGAGCAAUUGGUUCAAAUAUCUGCAAAUUUCUAACGAGUGGAAACAUGGCCUGGGUGGGUGCAGCUUCAUCGUCUGUGACCUUGGUUGUAAUAGCAGUUGAACGUUAUUACACUGUAAUGUGUCCUAUAAGUAACACAAGAAAACUAAACAAGCGUACAGUAAAGAUAAUCAUUUGUGGAUGUUGGAUCUUUGCACUGGCUUUAAAUUCGCCAAUGAUCUCAGUGACGACAUUCGAUGACGAAAGUAGCGACUGCAAGUGGGAUUGGCCUGAACAGUGGAUGGGUGCGGCAAAUGAGACCACGUGGCUUGUACUGUUGGCCUGUAUUCCUUUAACGAUAAUGACAGGAUUAUACUCAAGAGUUGUGUACAGUUUAUGGUUUAAACGAAAUGAUGACCAGGAACUCGCCUAUCGUCAGAAGGGGGUCCUUAAGGUUAGGAAACGAGUCACUUUGAGUGUGAUCACUGUCAGUGCCAUAUUUGGAAUCUGUUGGUUUACUGGCCUUCUUAUUUACGUACUGAGCUACUACGACAUCUACAUGUUUGGGGACGCUUCUUACGCCAUUUCAGACACUCUGUUCAUGUUUAAUUCAGCAGUAAAUCCUCUUGUUUAUUCUCUGCUGAAUGAGCGUUUCAAGAGGAAGAUCAAGACCAUGUUUUGCAGUAAAUGUACAUCCAGGGUUCAUACCUCGAGUGAAAGUGCAAGUAUAGAACUACCUAACAACCCGUCCCGUACCAACAACACUGCCGCUGGAUAUAUCGAUUAAACGUUUUAAUGACGUGUAUAUAUAAAGUAAUAUAUUAAGGCGCAUGCUUGACAAUUAUCAUGAACGGAAAGUGCUAAGGUUAUCACAAAAUUAUGGUUCCCUUGAUCUAGAUUUAACCGAAUUUUGGAACAGAACAUUUUCACUAUCUUUAUUGCAUUUUUAUAGUAGAUUUAUACCUACUCUACCCAUUCAGAACAUUAUGUACUUGCAAGAGAGAAUAAGAGGUUUCAAGUAAAUUUCACUUGAUACUUGAUAAGUACAUUGACGCAGAUGGCCAUC